UUAUGAUUGGGGUACGCGUUGGUGUAAAGCUGUGACGUUUUUUGAACUUCCUUCCCCUCCCUUCCUUGGAGACCGAGAGGCGUCGCCUUGGAGAGAGGCCCUCACGCAGCGCCAUGGAGGACACCCGCCCGUGUCCACCCCGUGUUCUUCCACCAGUGCCAAGAGGAAAUCAAGAUGAAAUUCCUCUUGGUCGCCAAAAACGGAAAAAGGCUAAGGGAAGAAACUCAUUAGAUGACAUUGUUCAAGCAGCUGUUCGCCGGACGUCUGAAAGCAGUGAGCCUCUGACACCUGAGGAUGGCCCACCGCAGGAUGGCCCACCUCAGAGGAAGCGCAAGAAAAAGAGAGCACCUCUAGAAUCAGAGACCUCUUUCACGGAGCAAAAUGGAAAUAGCAUGGAUCCUUUACCAGCAGAAGAAAACAGAAUGGAAGAAACAGCGACUCGUAAACAACGGAAAAGAGUGAAGAAGACACGUCCAGCAGAAAUUUCCAAUGAGCUGGGUGUGGAGGAAGAAGAUAUUAUUGAAGAUGAGCAAAUUAAAGGCUCAGAACAGCAUCCCGUGUUUUCGGUCCCAACUGGCGUUAGCCAACCUAUUAGCAAGGUGUUUGUUGAAAAAAAUCGCCGCUUUCAAGCUGCUGAUCGCAAAGAUUUGAUUAAAACUACUGAAAACAUUGAUGUGUUUAUGGAUAUAAAGGCAUCAUGGACUACAAAGGAUGUGGCACUCUCUGUUCACCGUGGGUUUAGGGUGAUUGGACUCUUUACUCAUGGCUUUCUUGCUGGUUAUGCGGUCUGGAAUAUCAUAGUGAUUUAUAUUCUGGCAGGAAACCAGCUAUCAACCGUCUCAAACUUGCUGCAGCAGUACAAGGAUUUGGCCUAUCCUGCUCAGUGUCUCUUUUACUUUCUACUUACAAUUAGCACAGUCUCAGCUUUUGACAGGAUCGAUUUGGCUAAAGCAUCUGUAUCCAUACGCGGCUUUCUUACUUUGGACCCAGCAGCGCUUGCAUCUUUCAUGUACUUUGCUGCUCUUAUAUUAUCUCUGAGCCAGCAAAUGACAAGUGACAAAAUCAACCUUUAUACGCCACCUUCAGAGAAUGGUAGCCUCUGGACAUCAGAUGCAGAGGAACAUAUUCUUCAGCCCUGGAUUGUGGUUAAUCUUGUGAUAGCUCUUCUUGUUGGAUUCUCCUGGCUCUUCAUGUCCUACCGCCCCCAGCUAGAUCACAGCGAAGAACUGAUGUUUAAUGCUGAAGUGGAAGAAUUUCCCCCACCAGAAAGAGAAGCCAAAAUAUCUUCAUAGUAUAGAGCAGUUCUUCAAAUAUGAUAUAGUCAUGUUGCCUUAGAAUUACCUAUUUUACCUGUACUUCAUCCUUUCGUAUUUAAAUAUUUUUUCAUUAUUUGUUUUUAUUAUGUGUACAGUAUAUUGUAUUAACUAUAUUUUUAAAAUGCCUAUAGUUAAGGUCAUGCAGAGUAAAAUUUUAUUUUUUAAGAAUCAGAAAUUACUUCCUAAAUGUCUAGUUGAAAUGUAAUGCCCAGUUUAUUGAAGGAAAAAACAAACAAAUGAAACAGGAAAUUCAGAAGAAAAGGAGAGCAUCUUUAAUCAUCUGUAUUUUAUAUUUGUGUUAUUGACCUGGGUACACAUUUAUCUUCAAAAUAUCAGAUGAAUUUCAGUGCCAAUUUGUUCUUAAACAAUUAAAUUAGGUUUUAAAAUACCAUUCUAAACCAUUAGCAUCACAGGAACUUUAAAAGUUUUUAUUGAAGUGUUUAUAAAAUAUUUCUAUGUAUUGGUGCAUUUUAGCCAUGGAUUACUACUGCCAUCUAUAAUGCCAUACAAUUCAUGUUUUAUACAACCUCAUUUUUAAACUUACUUGAACAGGAAUAUGCAUCUAUCUGUUUCAUCCCUUAUCUUGGAAAAAUUAGAUUUCAGCACAAUGUACAACUGUUUAAUAUGGUUUCAUUUGCUGGCUAAAGUUCAUAUUUUUUUAUUGGAAGUUUAUCCUGUGAGACAGUGUACCGGCACAAAAUACUUCUUAAAGACCAAGAGCUGAUUAUAUCUGACAUUACAAAAGUAGUUGAAAACGUUGAUUAAUCUAAAAACUGAAAUUUGUAAGCCUCUUUCAUAAUGCAAUUUAAAUUAUCAAUAACUUGAUACUCACAUUGAUUUGAAAAGUGUUAUUAUAAUGCUACCUCUAUUCAAUUGUGUAAUUAAAAUAUUUUUCUUACAUUUUUAAUCGAAAUACAAUAAUGAUGAUACGGUGAGAAUACUGGAAAUUCUUUAGGCUUUUAAAAACUAUGUGUCUUCAUAAAUUUGUGCUGCACUCCCCUACUAAUGAGUGUAUUGAUACAAAUACUUCAACUGAAUUAUUUUUUUAAUCCUGAGAAUCUGCUACAAGAUUUCUAAGAGAUUAAAUCAGGGGUCCCCAAACUUUUUAAGUGGAGGGGCCGGUUCACUGUCCUUCACACUGCAGGGGGGCCUGACUAUGAUGAAAGUCCAAAAUUAGGAUUGUAAUUGUUGUGUGCCUUCAAGUCAUUUCAGACUUAGGUCUGAACCCUAAGUCUAAAGUUUAGGACGGGCUAGGUAAAUGACCUUGGAGGGCAGUAUCCAGCCCAAGGGCCUUAGAUUGAGGACCUCUGGAUUAAAUCACAAAAGCAAAAGACAACUGUAGGCUGUGGUAUGUGGACUCCCAGGGCCACUCAUGUUUUUGUGUGUUUUAAAGUUGCUUUUGACUUGCCAUGGGGUUUUCUUUACAAGAUUUAUUCAGAGAUUUGUGCCAUUGCUUUACACCAAGGCUGAGCAAGUGUGACUUGCCCAAGGUCACCCAGUGGAUUUCCAUGUCAUUAUAGCCCAAACCACUAUGCCACACUGGCUCAGCUCUCCCCUGGUCAACUCUCAACUUUAGAAAAUCAGCUGAGAAAGCAUCCUUCCAAUACCAUCUGGGGGGUAUAGGAGUGGUCAGUUUCACCACCAUCAUUGUUUUUAAACUGAAAGUGGCUUUUGGUCAAUUUCUGGUCUGAAAAGAAGUCUGAGGAGGUCAAAAGUCAUAGCAAAAUUGUCCUCAUAGAAGGCAUAAGGGAGGCUUCUUAGUUUUAAAACAUUGUUAGCUAAUCUGCAAGAAUUUUAAAUGACUGGAUGGAUAGAGGUGAUACUUGUGUUAUGUUCAAAGAAGAGUGGCAAUUAAAUUUUCACAUCUUUGCAACUUGA